AUGCCCGGCGCAAUACAGAAGCUACCGCCCAGCGUGACGCGGGCCCCGCGCAACGCGCGCGCAGCCGCCUCGCUCGCCCGCGAGAUCCAGGGCUGCUCGUCGGGGACCUCGGCCCCGCUCGCCCACCGCUCGUCCAGCGCACCGGUGAGGGGGCCGAGCCCGUCCGCGGCCGCUAGCCCCUUGCACCCGGUCCGGUGCGGGCAGGCUCGGCCGCGCCGCACCGCCGCAGCCGAGAGGGUGGACAAGGAGGGCAGAGACGGCGGAGGGGCAGUGGCCGGCCUCCAUGGCCCCGGGCGGAGGGGUAGAGAGGCUCGGACGCGCGCGCUGCUGCAAGCUGCGGGGGAGGGGGCGAGCAGAGCAGAGCAGGGCGGCGGCGCCCGAGCACCGCCACGGCAAGUUCGAGCAGCAGAGCAGCUCGCCAGGGAGGGGCGGGCACCCCCCGCCGCUGCCCGGCCGCGCCGCUGCAGCUCGGCCCGAGGGAGCCCGGCGCACUCGGCCCCUGCUCGCGGCGAGCUCCGCCCGCCCUGCACCAGGGAGGCGCCGCCGGUGCCCGGACGCCCGUCGGCACCUUCGGCCGCGCGCUGCUCCGCCUUGGCGCCACCUCCGGGUUCGAGCUCGAGAUCGCCGCUGCCUCUCCGCCUCGGCGCGGCCGGCCUCGCGCCGUCCCGCCACGCGACGUCGCGGCAGCCUCGCGGGCCCGCCGCGCUGCCGCUCUACCUCGCCGCGAGGUGCAGGGAGGCCGCGCACGAUGGCUGUCGCUCGCCGUCCCGCGGGCUCGCCGAGCGCUGGCAAGGGAGGGAGAAAGGAAGGGAGGGAGGGAGAGAGAGGGGCCGCGGUGGGAGAGAGAGUGGGGAAGGAGGGGGGGUAAAAAAAGAAAAAAUAAUUAUGACACGUCGGCUCCACCCGUAG